UUAUUUGGUUUUAAAGUACCUAGGUAUCUAGUCUCCACCGUUCUUAUAGUCCUCCAACUGUGGCUGCAUAUUAUAUUAUAUAGCAUGGGGAAUCUGACGACUGACAAAUAUUCCGUCUUGGGAGUCACGAUAAUAAUAUGCAUGUCUUAAUUAAUCCGUCCCAGGAUUUCAGGACACACAGUGUUAUCCCUCCUGCGGGAUUUACCUAGCUAUCGGCUAUCGGGCAUGUUUCUGGACUCGGGCAGCUCCUUUAAGAAGGUUGAAGACCUCGGAGUUCAAUUUUCGGUUAAACCCUUAUAAGUUUGCAAUCUGGUUUUACUCGAGAUCGUACUGGACCAAGAAUCAACAACGGUUAUUAAACCCAUCAUAAUCUCCAGACGAGCCCCAAGCAUAGAUUGUGACUCCGUCUCUAUACCAGUAAAUAACCUCUUAUACUAUUACUCAACCCCUUGUUGCGAUGGCCGAAGAGCUAAAACCCUAUAGAUACCUCGUCGACGGAAUGUCUGGAGACCUGAAGACCUACCGUGGCAGCUGCCACUGCGGCGCCUAUGUCUAUGAAGCCAAGAUGCCUCAUCUCUUCAAGGUGCUCGAGUGCAACUGCAGUUCGUGCUAUAAGAAGGGCGCUUUAUGGGUUGUUCCUGAGCCGGGAAACAUCCGCUUCGUCAAAGGCGACGUCAAUACCCUGGCAAAUUAUACCUUCGGAGAGAAAACCAUUAACCAUAAGUUCUGCCCCAACUGUGGAGUUCAGCUCUUGUUUGUCGGGGACGCCACGCUUCCGAAGCCCGGUGAGGAACCUAGGAUGGGAGCCAACGUUCGAUCGUUCCAGCAUGGUCAAGGUGUCGACGUAUGGAAUAUACUAAAGUUCUAUGCGGAUAACAAAGAGUUCAGGGGCCCUUAUAAAGCACCUAAGUUCACAGGACCAGAGCCGAAAGCCGUGAUAGAAGGCGCGAAGGUGUACACUGGUAGCUGCCAUUGCGGUGCAGUCAAAGUGGCAUUGAAAACAAAGCCUCUUGAUAAGACCUCCACGGAAACCAUCAUGGAAUGUAACUGCAGCAUAUGCAAUAGGUUGGGUUACGUAUGGUUCUAUCCUCAGAAGGAGCAGGUCGAGAUUGAAGGUGAAGAAAACCUCGCGUACUAUAAAUUCGGCACCGAGCUAUUCGGGAAGUCCUUUUGUAAAACAUGUGGAAUACCGGUUCAUAAUGCCGUGCAACCGAUCUCUGAGGAGGAGCUUAACAGCAAGAUACCCGAAGCCCAGCGGGAGUUCGUCAAGGGAAUGUUGUCGACAACACCGAUCAACCUGAGGGUCCUUAACGACUUAGAUGUCGGCACCUUAAACGUGAAACAGGUGGAUGGCUAUAAUCGUCCGCCGCUCUAUGUUGAGCCAUAAACCCGGAAGUUGUGAAUAAAGAUCGAGAUCAGGUGGUAGUGACAGGAAAUAUUGUUUCCUAUAUUCACUUGUAUCGAUGCUUUAUCUCCACUCAAACUUUAGACCAGAAUAAUACA